AUGGCUUACCACGGCCAAGGAGACGGCUACGGCCACCAGCUACAGGAUCUCCCACCACAACACGGCCAGCACGAAGAUGAUGUGCAAGCUUCCCUUCUCAACCAGAACCAGCCCUACGACCACGACCGCCUAGGCGCCCACACACCGCCAGACCGCCCUAUGUCAGCAUACAGCCUUACCGAGACUUAUGCUCCCGGCGCGGUGCCCGCCCGUGGUCCUGGUGCUCCUGGUGCCAGUCCGGCCCCCGCGCCGGGCGGCUACGGCCCGGACCCGGGUUACUACCAGCAGGGCGCCGACCCCUACCGCAUGUCGACCGUUGAUCCCGAGGAGAGCUGGCUGCGCCGCCAGCAGCCCAAUGUAGCCCCCGGCGGUGGUCUGAAGCGCUAUGCCACCCGUAAGGUCAAGCUCGUGCAAGGCCGUGUCCUGAGUAUCGACUACCCCGUCCCCAGCGCCAUCCGGAACGCCGUCCAGCAAAAGUACCUUGACCCGGAGGGCAACAACGAGGAGUUCUUCAAGAUGCGUUAUACUGCGGCCACCUGCGACCCGAACGACUUCACCCUCAAGAACGGUUACGACUUGCGGCCGCGCAUGUAUAACCGCCACACCGAGCUGCUGAUCGCCAUCACCUACUACAACGAAGACAAGGUGCUGCUUUCACGCACGCUGCACGGUGUCAUGCAGAACAUCCGAGAUAUUGUCAACCUGAAGAAGUCGUCCUUCUGGAACCGCGGUGGCCCGGCCUGGCAGAAGAUCGUCGUGUGCAUGAUCUUUGACGGUCUCGAAAAGGCCGACAAGAACGUGCUCGACGUGCUGGCCACCAUUGGUGUGUACCAGGAUGGUGUCAUCAAGAAGGCCGUCGACGGCCAGGAGACCGUUGCCCACAUCUUCGAGUACACGACGCAGCUGUCGGUCACACCGAACCAUCAGCUCAUCCGCCCGAUCGACGACAGCCCGUCGACGCUGCCGCCUGUGCAAAUGAUUUUCUGCCUGAAGCAGAAGAACAGCAAGAAGAUCAACUCGCACCGCUGGCUGUUCAAUGCCUUUGGUCGCAUCCUCAACCCCGAGGUGUGCAUUCUGCUCGACGCCGGCACUAAGCCCGGCCCGCGCUCGCUGCUCGCCCUGUGGGAGGCCUUCUACAACGACAAGGAUUUGGGCGGUGCUUGUGGUGAAAUCCACGCCAUGCUUGGCAAGGGCGGCAAGAAGCUGCUCAACCCGCUGGUUGCGGUGCAGAACUUCGAGUACAAGAUUUCCAACAUCUUGGACAAGCCUCUGGAGAGCGCCUUCGGUUACGUUAGCGUGUUGCCGGGUGCCUUCUCGGCCUACCGGUUCCGCGCCAUCAUGGGCCGGCCGCUUGAGCAGUACUUCCACGGUGACCACACCCUGUCCAAGAUCCUCGGCAAGAAGGGUAUCGAGGGCAUGAACAUCUUCAAGAAGAACAUGUUCUUGGCCGAGGACCGCAUUCUCUGCUUCGAGCUUGUCGCCAAGGCUGGUCAGAAGUGGCAUCUGAGCUAUGUUAAGGCGGCUAAGGGUGAGACUGAUGUGCCCGAGGGUGCUCCCGAGUUCAUCAGCCAGCGUCGUCGUUGGCUCAACGGUUCGUUCGCCGCCUCGCUCUACUCGCUCAUGCACUUCGGCCGCAUGUACAAGAGCGGCCACAACAUUGUGCGCAUGAUCUUUUUCCACGUCCAGCUCAUCUACAACGUCCUCAACGUCAUCUUCACCUGGUUCUCGCUCGCUUCCUACUGGCUUACUACCUCCGUCAUCAUGGACCUCGUCGGCACGCCUGUUCCCGCUUCAUCCAACUCGGCUGAGCAUCACGGCUGGCCCUUCGGUGACGUCGUCACCCCGUUCUUCAACGCCGUCCUCAAGUAUGUGUACCUGGCUUUUGUGAUCUUACAGUUCAUUCUUGCCCUGGGUAACCGCCCCAAGGGCUCGAAGUGGAGCUACAUUACGUCCUUCAUCGUCUUCGCCAUCAUCCAGGGCUACAUCAUUAUCCUGUCCAUCUACCUGGUCGUGCGCGCCUUCCAAACUCCUAUCGAGGACCAGAUCAACUUGGACAAUGCGGGCGACGCGUUACAGUCGCUAUUUGCGGGCGACGGCGCAGCCGGUGUCAUUCUGCUUGCCCUCAUCACCAUCUACGGCCUCUACUUCCUCGCCUCUUUCCUGUACCUCGACCCGUGGCACAUGUUCCACUCCUUCCCGCACUACAUGCUGCUCAUGUCGACGUACAUCAACAUUCUGAUGGUGUAUGCCUUCAACAACUGGCACGACGUGUCGUGGGGUACGAAGGGUGCCGACAAGAAUGACGCGAUCCCGUCGGUCACGACGACCAAGGGCGAGAAGGAGAAUGAAAAAGUGAUUGAGGAAAUUGAGAAGCCUCAGGAGGAUAUCGACCAGCUGUUUGAGCAGACCGUGCGGAGGGCUUUGGCUCCGUUCAAGGAGGAGGAGAAGCCCGAGUUUAAGGAGCUCGAGGAUGAAUAUAAGAGCUUCCGUACGAUGCUGGUGGUGAGCUGGCUGUUUUCGAAUUGUUUGCUGUCGGUCAUUAUCACGAGCGACAACUUUAAUUCGUUUGGUAUUGGGCAAAACCCGUCGCAACGCACGGCUUGGUUCUUCAAGUUCCUGCUGUUUGCCACGGCCGGCCUUUCGCUCGUCCGCUUCAUUGGUUUCCUGUGGUUCCUGGGCAAGACUGGUAUAAUGUGCUGCUUUGCCCGGCGCUAA